AUGGACACACCUGUGGAAGACGUAGACGCCGACCUAUGCCUCUGCUUCGGUGGUGGUCUGAGGGACGCCGAACCGCCAGACGAGCUACGCGUCCGCAUUGCCGACAAUGGGGACAAGAAAGUUGAAUCCAGCAAUGGUGUUGAGAGUGGUAGCGAUGUUGUAGACGAUGUCGAAGAGUGGGAGAGCGUUGGUGUGAGCGGGUCAUCAGCGAUGAUGAUGAUGGGGUGGUGA